AUGACAGUGAAACGUAUGACGCGGAAAGGACCGAACGAGACAGAGUUGACACUAGUAACCCUGAGCCAAGACGAUCGACAAGGAAUGUCAGGCAACCAGAACGAUAUGGCGAGGGAAUUCCCUCGUCGGUAAUUAGAUAAAAAAAAGGGGAGUGAUAUAGUAAUGACGUCAUGUCAUUCACUCGGCACCAGGACUAUACGGUCGGAACUAAUUAAAUAUAUAUAUAUAUAGGACACGUUGUGUAGAAGGCACACACACACACACUAAAUCACCAAUAAGAACUAUAUCGUUAUGUUAUACUAAAUAUAUUCUAUAGCACAAAUAUAUACCUAGUACUUAGAUAUUACAGCAGUGGUUCGAGCAUUAUACGUGGUGCUUUCGCCAUUAUACGCGGUGCGUUCGUCAUUAUACGCAGUGGUUCGAGCAUUAUACGCGGUGCUUUCGUCAUUAUACGGGGUGCUUUUAACAUAAUUUCCAUAUUCUUUCCAUGUAUAUAAUCUCACGAUUGCUUAAUAAAUCUGGUAUCCCUAUGUGGCUGUGCUUUUUGCCUCUGGUCUGCAAUGACAAUGACAUGCUUUUAAAAAGGUUUAUUUAUAAAAAGGUGACUGCACUUUGUGAGUUCCUAUAUAUUAUCAUAUAUAUAGUGUUGAUUUAUUAGUAAUAAAUCUGUGCUUAUAACAUAAGUAUAUAAAUUAAUAUAACGCAGCAAAUGCGCGCCAAGCAGUAUAAACGCGGCUGAAAUACGAUAUUAAAGGACAUUGGCACCCCAAAUUUUUAUUACUUAUAUCUCUUAGGUAUACGUGCGGAAUAUUUAAUUUCAUAUUUUGGCCGUUUUGUCGCGUUUAGUUGUUGAGAAAAUUUGAUAGAAAGUUCAACAGUUGUCCGCCAUUUUGAAAAUAAGCGCGUAUGCUAAUUUAUGCCUCAAAAUACAUUAUCUGACGUCAUUGGCUAGGUAAAAACAAUUUCAUGACUAUAAACAAUACCGAGUAUUGCCACGCGUAGUGCAUUUGAACCGAAACAAAAGGAAGCAAAGUUUUACCAAGUAUGUAAUUUGUUUGUAACACUAUUUCUCAUAGUAUAAAUCCUACUCCGUGUUAAAUAAACGCAGAAAUUCGAGUGCAACAAGACAAAUACUAAUGCAAUAUUUUAUGAUCAAUUACCUGUAUUGUAAAUUGCGCCAUUCCUUGCUUUCCCAGUCGCUCGAUAUGUUUUUAUCUGAUAGUGUAGACUUAUCUUGUUUGAUUGCGAAGAGUGUUGGCCAGUAUAACGCUCAAAACGACAUAUUUUUAGCUAACAUAACACGCACGCAAUAGAAUUCUGAGAAUUCUCUCUUGUAGUUUUAGUGCUACCCAUCCAAUGACGUCACAAAGUUCAUUGACCUUCCAGAUAAUUUGUCAAAAAAUAUUUCCAAGAUGGCGGCGAAAUACAAAGUUUGCAUGCAUUUUACUCGUAGACUAAAAUGUUUGAGAACGAAAUGAUAAUAUUUUCAUAGUUAGGUCGUCAAGUAGGAUUGAAAUAGCCAAUAAAAAUUUUCGGUGCCAUUGUCCUUUAAGAGAAGAUUGCAAUACAAAAGUUCAGCUUUAUCACUAAAUGUCAGACCAAAUAAAGUAGCAGAAGCUGCCAAAUGGCUUGUAAAUUAUGGUAAUCUUUAUAAAGGUGAAGGUAUAACUUUCAAUGACACUUGGCUUGAAGAUAAUUCAAAUACUCAAAUGGUAUUUGAUGAUAGUGACAAUGAUCAAACUUCAGAGGGUUCAGAAAAUGUUGUGGACUGUAAUGCAGAAAGCUUGAAUUGUGAUACAGAAUGUAAAACCCAGCAAUCAUCUGCAUGUGAUGAUGAUGAUGAACACUGGAGUGAAGACGAGGCAGAAAUACCUGCUGGAAUCACUGACACUAUGUUAACAUCUCCAGAUUUUGUCACUGAUAAUGAACGUCAGCAUAUUUUAAAUGUUGCACCUG